AGAUUAAUAAAGAAAAGACAGAAUGGCGAAGCCGGCGAAGAAUAAUAUUGAUUUAAACAACUGUUCCUCAACAGCGGAACUGACUGCCCACCCUGGAUUCCAAUCAUCCAUCAGCAUAAUAUCUGAGAACAAAGAAGACAAGCCCUACAAUCCUUUCGAGCAUAGAAUGCUUGAGCAUCCCAACACAACAAUCGGCACGAUCGUCCAUCUCUUCAAAGCAAGUAUUGGCUCAGGAAUCCUGGCUAUGCCCGCAGCGUUCAAAAAUGCUGGACUCGUCACUGGAUCUAUCGGGACCCUGCUAGCUGGUUUGAUUUGCACACACACAGUACAUAUUUUGGUAAAAACAUCGCAUGAAGUUUGCGUGGACGCUAAGAAACCUUCAAUGAGUUUUGCGGAAACAUGUGAGGCUGCCUUUACUUACGGGCCUAAAGGAGUGCGGAAGUGGGGACAUUUUGUCAAAAACGUGGUGGACUUCUCAAUGGUCUUGACUUAUAUCAGCGUGCUGUGUGUCUAUGUGGUUUUUAUCGGCUCCUCAUUCAAGGAAACCCUGGACGCCUACAUGCCAGACAACCAGCUCUCUAUCCAAACAUACUGCGCGCUGACACUAGUUCCCCUGGUCCUGCUGUGCCAAAUAAGGAACCUCAAGUACCUGGUGCCAUUCUCAGCGAUUGCCAAUGUGCUUAUCUUUGUCGUCUUUGCUAUUACCUUGUACUAUGUAUUCGUGGAUCUACCCCCUUUGAAAGAGAGGGAAAUGGUUGCUGAAGUCACACAAUGGCCCUUGUUUUUGAGCACUGUAGUAUUCGCAAUGGAAGGCAUCGGGGUGAUGAUGCCGAUGGUCAACGAAAUGGCCAACCCGCAGCAGUUCCUCGGCUGUCCAGGAGUCCUCAACAUUACCAUGACCGUUGUCAUCCCAUUGUAUGGAAUCGUGGGCUUCUUCGGCUACGUCCAGUUCGGAGACCAGGCCAAAGGCAGUGUGACGUUGAACCUUCCUCAGGAUGAACUAAUGGCCCAGAGUGCCAAGAUCUUGAUGGCCUUAGUCAUAUAUCUAUCAUAUGGUCUGCAAUUUUACGUGCCUAUGGAAUGGAUCACCAGAAUGCUGAAGAAGAGAGAAUCAGAAAAAUACGAGAACGUCAUACAGAUUUCUUUAAGGAUCCUUAUUGUUACUGUAUCAGUCGCAGUCGCAGCAGCUUUUCCUAAUCUGGAACUGGUCAUCAACUUCGUCGGAGCCAUCUUCUUUUCUACUCUUGGCCUUCUAACUCCUGCGGUAGUAGACACGGUCUACCACUGGGACAAAGACUUGGGAAAAUAUAAUUACGUACUAUGGAAGAAUACUAUCAUAGGAAUAAUAGCUCUUGUAGCUUUAGUGUCAGGAGCGUAUGUUUCCAUAUUGGGAAUGGUUGAAGAGUUCGGACAACAGGAAUUGGAAGGAAGUCACAGUAACGUAACAAGCUUAUGAGCGUCUAAAUAAUAUGAAUACGUAAAUAAAAGUAUAAUUUUCCAUCUGUGAUUGAAAACGGACUUUCUGUACAUUAUUAAUAAAUUGAUUUUCCACUGUGGCGUUAUAUUAAAAAUAUUUUCAGUGAUUGACUUUUAGUUAUGAUAAUUAUUUCAGUAAAGGCAAUCAAAUUUAAAUGUAAAACGAUGUAGUGACAAAUUUUUAACUGCCUUGGUGGCGUAGUCUUAGUGCGGCACGACUGCAGCGCUGAGAUCUCUGGUUCGAUAUCCUGGGAAAGUGAUAUUGGGUUUGUCUAUUCAAUAUCAGCUCGUAGUGCUUAAUUUGUGUCCGAUAUGGUACUUAAAAAGCUCGCCCCUUAUUAUGUCAUGGGGCGGAAUACGCAUAGCAGAAAGUGGGUGCACCUAUUGCGCCUCUGCUUACACCUUUAAGUAUAAAAUGCGUGAAUGUAUCUCUAAACAAAGUUAUGCAUUUAUUUCUAUAGAAAAUGUAUAUAUAGGUUAUUUUCAUGGUAUACUAAGGCAUUGCAAAAUAAAUUUAGAUUGGAGGGAAUUAACACUACUUUUUAUGUACUAUACAAAGUGUUUGAAAAUAUUACUUGUAUAUAAUAUGUUUUAUAUAUUUGUAUUAAAAUAAAAUAUAGUACAAAAUUUCAUUAUAAUUUUUAUUUUGUAGUUAGGAUUUACAAAAGUCAAUUAGGCCUCUCGAGUUAUAUGUAAACCAGUGCAGUACACUUCUCGAAUGUCUUCCUUAUAAUACUAAUACUUCCCUUAAUACUAAUAAUUCAUUUAAAUACUUUAUGAUUCAGUUUUAUUUGUAAUCUUUAUUUUUGCGCCCUUGCCCACAAUUAAUAAUUUGAAAGGCCACGACAUAAUGGUUGUUUUGUUAUUCAUAGAUUUAAAUUUAUUAUAUGGACAGUUGGCUAGCUAAUUGUGACAUUGAGUUUUAUAAGUAUGUGGAAUCAGCACCACAUUAUUCACAUUUUUUAACUAAGUCUCAAUUAUUUGAGAAAAUCGGCAAUUAUGACAUUAAAAUGUUGCCCCAUCAUUAACAAUUUGAGAGAAGAAAUUUUUACGUUUUACUGUAAUAACAAAGAUAUCUUUAGUGUGUUCCUAACAAAAUAUUAAACGUGAUACGCAUAUUUGCAAUUUUGUUGAAAAAUGCCCGUCACUUUUCACACUGAAUGGCUUUAAGCACAAAUAAAUAUGAUUUUCAUCGCUUCAGUAAUAUUAUAUAUUUUGUUAUAUGUAUUAUUGUGGCGAAUAUAUAUAUUUUUCUUUGUAUAAAAAGUGAGUUGUGUUUUACAGGAAUAAUAGUUAUUUUUAUAAUUUGUGUUAUAUUUAAUAUAAUUAAUGUACAGGUAACUUAGAUAGGAGUUUCAACUCUAGUAUAACAUUUAAGGUGCGUUUCCAUAAACAGAAGACGGGCGUGCGGUGCGUGCGACGUGCGGAUAAGAAAUGUGGAGUUUCAAUAUUACCUAAUUAUUUAUCUUUAUGUUGAAAGUAUUUUUUACUGUUUAAUUUAUUUUAAAUAUAAAAAUGCAUAUAAAAAAAAUCAAAUGAUAUCCAAUGAUUAUUAUUAUUUUUUGCAAUGACAUUGAAAUAACGACUUAGGGUGACCAUUUAUAGUGAGAGGCUCUACUCAAGUAAGUGCCGGUUCUUGCGAGGGUUGUGGUUGUAUGUACUUGCGUAAUACCUUAGAUAUUACGGAGAGAGAGUCGAAUGGCGUGGUUUUAGUCGGUAGGGAUAAACAUUUAUAUUUUAAUUGUUUUAUUUCUUCGCGUAUCGUCGGCAAAACCUUGAUCACUAUAUCAGAUUUAUCUCCUGUUUGCUAACAUUUCUGCCAAAGCGAAGCGGAGCGGAAAAUACGAUAUAACUAUCAUUUCUCGUCUCUGCACCUUUUGUCGCUUAAAUGGAAACGCACGCUUAUA